GAUAUUAUGCAUUAGUUACGUCCGGUAGCCUCGCUAUCGAGCAUAAUGGCGUAUUAGUGAAAAUGUAAAAAUAAAAAUAAUAAUAAUAUAAGAGGAAAUCUUUAUUUAUUCGACUUCUACAAAAAUUACCGAACAUAAUGACAGCAAUUAAGCACACACUUCAGCGGGAGGUGUUUCUUCCUGCUGAAGAAAGACUUGUUGGCCUAGUCCAUGUUGCAAAAGCAGGAAAGAAGAAAAAGAGUAGUUUCUUGUGCGCAGCAGUGACUGUUGAUAGCCCUGUUCAAGCUCAUAUCUACCAACUGAAGAAAGCAGACAAGGGCGAAUCAUAUAAGAAAAAGUUGUCCUGGUUUCUUAGAGAACUGAAAGUGGUCGAUGGCAAAGAUGUCAAUAAAUUUUCAGAAAUUGCAGAAUUUGAUCUCCAUUUUGAGAAAGUUUACAAAUGGGUAGCCAGUAGCAUGACUGAGAAGUCCAGUUUUAUAUCCUGCCUGUGGAGGCUAAGUCAAAGAUACCAUGUGCAGAAAGCUGACUUCCUGAAUAUUCCAAAGACAUUGUUGGAAGAAGUAUCUCGUCCGUCGGGACAGAGUCAGAUAGCUGCUGGCAGUGAUGACAUUGCUAUGGUUGAUGAAGAUUACCAAGCUCUCUCCAGUAAAGAGGAAGCUGAUCUUGAGCUCCUCAUGUCUGAAUGCCAAAUGGCUAUCAGUAAUGCAGAAGCCUUUUCUGAGCAGCUCUCCAAGCAGCUGUCGAUGCUGGAUGGUGCCAACAUCCAUUCCAUCAUGGGCUCUGAAGAUCAAGUUUUGAACCUGAUGCGUUUACUUGAUGAUGGAAUCCAGCAAGCUUCUGAUAUUGAAGCUAAACUCAAUGGUUAUGAUGCUAUUCUUAAAAAUGUAAAAGACCAGAUGGAAGUAAUGAAGGACAAAGACAUACUCAUCACAUUGAGGAACAAAAACUAUGAGAAGCUCUUACAUGAACUGGACACCUUGGUUAGCACGUUGGACCUUGACAUCAAACAUACGAGAGCCCUUAUGGAUGGAGAUCUGCUAACACCUACUGGAAUAUAUGAGUGCACAGCAGCCGCAGAAGCUCUUCAAAAGUGUGUACAUGCAAAUAUACAUCCAGCCCUUCAAAAGAUGAAAGCUGUCGUUGAACAACAGGACAGGUUUGAAAAGUUUACCAACCAGUUUGCCAAAAGGCUCAUUCACCACCUUAAUAAUCUCUUCAUACAUCAGGGGAAUGAGAUGGGAGAGACUCUCAGCCGUUUUGCCAACGAACUGAAACUUCCUCAGCAUCAUUCCAGCCACCGAGACUUGACUCCAUAUGCUGACCUGAUGCUCUGGCUCAAGAAUGCGAAUUUCAAUAGUUUUGUGAAACUCUCUAAGGUAUACACAGAAUCAUUGAGCAAGCUUUAUAACAAAGAGAUUCAAGAUUUUCUAGAAUGUGCGAAGCAGAGACUUGUUGGAAAGGGAGAGAAAGGCAAACUGAAUCAGAAAACGUCUUCAUCAUCCAGUUUGACCAAAAUGGCUGAUAGGGGACGUUCCUCCUCAAUCCAAAGUGUUGAUUCUGUAACAUUUUCCAAGGAUGGAUCAGAUUUAGAUCUCAGUUCUAGGCAAUUGUUUGAUCAGAUUUUGGAUAAAGUAUUAUCAGAACUGGAACCAGUAUGUUUGGCUGAGCAGCACUUCACAGUUCGAUUUUUCCAUUUGGCUGAUAAUUGUACAUUGGAACAGAAAACCAGCUCAGAAGACGAAUCAGACCCUGGAGCUGUGAAAAAAACUAAUGAGGAUUACUUUGUGGAAAAUUUAGGGGAAGGAUUAUAUCAAAAACGGUCAACGGUGCAAGUACGGCAGAUCAAUGAAGAAAUGCGACGUAUGAUGACUGAUUUAUUCCCAAGCUUGGAAACUGAAUUGGAAAAUUUCAUUACAUUUGCAGAUAAACUUGAUGGAUGCAACUCCAUGUAUAUGUUGGUGCGUAUGAGCCAACAUGUAAUUAACACGCAGGAUGCCGGUUCCUUCUUAAGCAUGACGUUUGCUAAUUGCCUUGUCAAGACCAAACGUAACUUUGAUCGUUUCAUUCAAAACAAGAUUACUGCCAUCAAGGAAAGCAAGAUCUCCAAGAAAAACAAGUGUGGCAUCAUCAAUUUUGUUUCUGAUUUUGAUGAAUUUGCAAAACAAGCUGAGAUAAUAUUCAAAGGUUCUGAUAGACGUGCCGAUUUGGAAAAAGCCUAUUGCAAAUUAGUUCAUACAAUAUCUGAUGAAAUAGUACGUGUUGCCAAGGAACAUCAAAAGACACCUGAACAUGUCAUAUACAUGGAAAAUUACCACCGAAUGAAUUCCAUUUUGUCGCGGCUUAAAAUAUCUUGCUUGGAAAGUGAAAAGAAAGACUUCAAACAAAAAUAUCUGGAGAGUCUACACAAGUAUACAACAUCACUGCUUGGCCGACCACUGGAGAAGAUUCACAUAUUUUUCGAAGGCGUUGAAAGUAGAGUUGCUGCUGGUGUGAAAAUGGAGGAGGUCGGUUACCAGCUAGCCUUCAGCAAACAAGAACUAAGAAAAGUCAUUAAAGAAUACCCUGGCAAAGAGGUGAAGAAAGGUCUGGAACAUUUAUAUCGCAAAGUUGAGAAACAUUUGUGUGAAGAAGAGAAUCUCUUUGAGGUGGUUUGGCAUACAAUGCAAGAUGAAUUCAUUCGAGCAUACAAGCAUUACGAAAACUUAAUAAAUAACUGUUACCCUGACUCUUUGAUAUCGCUUGAGUUCAGCAUGGCUGAUGUGCUCGAGUAUUUUUCUAAUAUUGCUCGAUUACAUUGAUGCUCUUUAGUCAUUUCCAUAGCAAAAACAGAACUAAAAAAAGAAAACCAAAAAAAAAAAAAACCACAGAAAAAAAACAUCUUCCCACCUUGAAAAACAAAUA